CCAUUGGAGGAGAAGGUCAGAGGGACGGGACCUCUGGCUUUCUCAUCCACUGUUUUGAGAAGGAGGCGAGGAUAAAGAAGCGAAAGCGGUUUGUCAGGUGACUAGCUGGCUCGGAUAAUUCAUGAAUUUAACAGUCGACAAAAGUAUGAUAUCUAGGUUGCUUGUACCAACAUUAUUGUCCGCAAAAAGUCCUGCACAAUAUACCAUUUCCCCCUGGAUUUGAGACUACUGAAACGGCUUUGAAUGUAUUAUGCUUGACUCCGUGACUGCGGUGGUGAUGAUUGCGCAAUACAAUGGAAGUAUAUUGCCUACCUCAGUGGAGAACACAUCAGCAACACCAACCUGGGGACCAGAGCCUCACAGAUGUUUGCAGGUCCUAUACGAGGACAUUGGCGAGUUAAGAGUUCGGUUUUGGGACCUCAUGCUGCUCAUUCCCAAUCUAGUAUUCUUCAUGUUCUUGAUGUGGAAACUGCCCUCAGCCAGGGCCAAAAUCACACACACCUCCAGCCCCAUCUUCAUUACCUUCUACAUUCUGGUGUUUGUGGUGGCAGCGGUGGGAAUCACCCGUGCCAUCGUGUCCAUGACCAUCAGUGCAUCAAGUUCUGCCACCAUCAUUGACAAGGUGCUGUGGGAGAUCAGCCGUUUCUUUCUGCUCACCGUGGAGCUCAGUGUUAUUAUCCUGGGACUGGCUUUUGGCCACCUUGAGAGUCAGUCCAGUAUAAAGCGUGUGCUGGCUAUCACUGCUGUACUGGCACUGGGCUACUCAAUCACACAGGGCACACUGGAGAUCGUGUACCCCGACGAGCACCUGUCCGCCGAGGACUUCAACAUCUACGGCCACGGAGGACGCCAGUUUUGGUUGGCCAGCUCCUGCUGCUUCUUCCUGGUCUACUCUUUGGUUGUCAUCCUUCCCAAAACCCCGGUGAGGGAGAGAAUAUCUCUGCCAUCUAAGAAGAGUUUUUAUGUGUACGCUGCCGUUCUGUCCCUGCUCAAUCUGGUCCAGGGGCUGGGCAGUGCCCUUCUGUGUGCUGGCAUCAUAGAGGGGCUCUGCUGCGUGGAUGUCACCACCUUCAUCUACUUCUCUGUGUUUGCCCCACUCAUCUACGUCACCUUCCUCAAAGGCUUCUUCGGCUCAGAGCCCAAGGUCCUCUUCUCCUACAAGUGCCAGGUGGACGAGCCUGAUGACCAGACGGAUGUCCACCUGCCCCCUGCCUCAGGCCUGGGCCACAAGGAGCAGCUGGAACGGGGCUCCUUCUACCCUGGCACCCAGAUAGAUGGCCUGACUGCUGCAACCAUGGGCACCGGCAUAGCUGCUUACCUGGACAAUGUGGCCUCUGGACCUUUCGGGCAGGGCAGCAUAAACAGCGACCGCUGGAGAGCCAUCAACGCCUGAGAAGAGAGGAAAUGAGAAUGCAGGAUAGGGGAUGUUGGACUUGUUGAGUGGAGAAGUUGGAGUUUGCAAUGGCUCUCUCUCCCUCUGGAGACACUGUGAAUUGACUCUCAUUUCAGCCCCUGUCUGUUCUCCAUUUUGGAUCUUGCUGCCUUGUCCAUUCUGGCUCGAACAUGACAGUUUCCCCCAAAACCUGCAGGGGAUAUUUCUACAACUUCAGUCAAGUGUUAUCCCCCCUGUAAAUGAGUGUGUGGCUGACCAAGAUAAGAAGAUAAUGUAAAGGUAAUGUCCGAUACAUUUCCAACAAAGGAUUACAACUGAGGUAAAGUCCAUUAACUGUGGCCUUGUAUUAGAUUUGUUAUCGUCUUGUAUUGAAUAACUGCCUCGCUCCCUAUAGGCCAGCCCUGUUCUUAUUGUGCCAGGAGCCUUCUCUAAAUUGCAUCACUCAUAAUGAAUCAAGUGUGCUUAAUUAUUUUUUAAAUGUUUGAUAUCAGUUCUUUUUUUCCCACUCUUGUUGAUGAUGGAAAUCCUACAGUGUAACGUCAUGUACAAAUUGAAGACCUGUUUGGCUUGAGUCUACAGGGACUUGGUAUGCCAUGUCAGACAAUUAGCAGUGCAACUGGUAUCUAUGUAACUUGAUGCUGGGGCUGGGAGAGACCCAAAAUGGACGCCAUGUCGCACCCGCAUCGCCUGUACCUAUUUUAUGUUAUUGUUUGCCGUCCGUUUUAUUUAUUUUAGUGACUGCUUGGUUUUAUGUCGAUAGGUAGUUCCAUCAGCUGAUCAUUCCUGGUAUUAAAGGUGCUUAUGACUUAAGUAAAACUUUCCAACCACCAAUCAAAUGAGAUGGAGAAGGCAGGAACAGCACUUGUGGCGAAACAAUGUUUUUUGUGGACAUUUUUAUUUCAAGAAAUAUUCAUGCCCAUAUACAUUGGAUUCAACCCAAAAGUGWUUUUUUUUUUUUUUACGACUUAAAAUUAGUUUUCACUAUAUGAAAUGAUUGAUGAAGUCACCUUAUGGGGUUUCUCUUGUGCUCUUUAUAGUCAACCCUGAUUUCAUCACAAAGAAAGAGCAACUUUUAAACAAAGUCCAUCUGCUUGCUCAUGAUGCUCAACGCAAACUAAAUACCAAUUUUCAUGAAGCCCUACUUCCUUGUGUUAAUUCCUACUUGUAUGUCUGCUGUGAACUUAAUAGCCCACAACAUGGCUUGCUGGGAAUCCAAUUCUAUUGGUGCCUGAAAACAAUGUCAUUCCAGUUUGUGUGAAUUACGAUGUCACUUUUUUGAUUUUAGUUUUGUUUAUGCCCCUCUUGAUUUUGUCACUAUAUUCAUUCCCCCAAAGAUUAAUAUUAUGUUUGCUAUAAUAAAAUGUGAAGUGGGUAAAGUUAUUCAUGUGACAUAGCAUCCAGUGGAGGCUAGUGAGGGGAGGAUGGCUCAUCAUAAUGGCUGGAACAGAGUAAAUGGAAUGGCUUUGGUUUCCAUGUGUUUGAUGUAUUUUAUUCAAGUCAUUACCACAAGCCCGUUCUGCCCAAUUUAAGGUGUCACCAACCUACUGUGAUAGCAUCACUACGUAAUAUAAGAGACAUUUCUUUUAUUCAUAAGUGUAAGCCACCACAAAACAAGUGUUUUAUAUUGCCAUUGUAGUAUUUUAUACAAGUCUUCUGCUUUGCUCUUCCCAAUACCUGCCCUGCAUCAACAGACUGUUGCUUGCUCUCAAACACUGCCUUAUAUUUCUACAGAAAUGUUGGAAGAGUUGCAUUUGAGGUGCAAAAUUAUACUAUACUCAAAUCAUCAUGAAUAAGGUCUCUGGGUGUGGGUUUCAAAUGCAAGUGCAGUCAUGUUUAAAGAUUGAAUAAAAUAUUUAAGAUGGUAAAUAAAAUAACUUUGAAAAAGAGUGAGGAUACUUGAUCCCAGCAAUUUGUGAACAAUUUAUAGCUCAAUGAUACACUAUUAAAAUAAAAGAACAGUGUUGAUGUGUUUCAGCAUUCCAUGAGAGACUAUUAAAAUAUGCUUCCUUUUCAUUCCUA